AAUACAAUUUUAAAACUGUGGUAAUUUAUAAAGUGUACAUAGAAUAAUAAUUUUUAUUUUACAAUCAGUGGAUUGAAAUAAAAAUGUCUGAACCUGAGGAUUUUUUAAGUACAAAAGAAGAAAGUGAACUAAAAAAAGAUGAACAUAUAGUAGAUAGUGCUGUUAUGCAAAUGGCUAACUCGGAUGAACAAUAUAUGUCGGAAUAUGAUAUAUUAGGUGAGGAAACUGAGCACAUUAGAGAGCAUGAGUGGUAUAACGAAGAACAUGAGUACAAAUCUCAACAAGAUUCUGCCCAACAUACUGAAGUAAUUGAUUUAAAAUACAGUGAUAUUGAAAAUACUCAAACUCAGGAACUUACUUUUUUUGAUGAAUUUGAAAACACUUCACAUGAAGAACAACUUAUUGAUGGUGAUAGUCAUAAAAAAUAUGAAUUAAGUGGCAUUGAAUUGCCGUUAGAUGGUUUUGUAAACUAUGAAAUAAAAACAUUUGUGGAGAAGUUAAAUGAAUUUCCAACUGAAAAAGAUUUAGAACACAACAAAAAAGUUGAUAUGUUAUCGGAAAAUAUAUCCGUAGUAGGUGAUCUAUCUUUAGAAUUUGAAAAUAUUGAUGAGGAGUACCAAGCACAAGAUGUAGAGACUGAAACGCAUACAAAUAAUUUAGAGGAUAAAACUCCUUAUUCUUUAGGUUCAGAAAGUAUAAAAAAUGGUAUCAUAGGCACACAAUCUAAAUUAAAAGACACCGAUUUGGAAAAACCACAGUUGGUGGUUCUAGAACCAGAAAAUCCUGUAAUGAUGAGGUUUCAAAAUACUCUUAAACAGCAUUUACUAAAACAAAAGUAUGGUUUAAGUCAAGAAAUAUUAACCCUGGAAGGAGUAGUAAAAACUAAGCAAAAUGAUAAACUAUCAAUUGGAAAUCAAAUAAAUACACUAGUUUGUCAAGCGGAAACUCAGAAUACAUCAUUAAGCAAGUUGCAUAAAAUUAAAUCCGAGUUGAAAACAGCAAAAGAACAAGUUGAACUACAUAAGGAUCGAGGAAAAGAACGCUCUAUCGAGCUCUUCAAAAUCAUAGCAGAAGAAACUAAAACACUUUCAGAUUUAAAAAGACAAUUAGAUUGCAGUAGAGGGCUUUUAAAUGAACUAAUAAAAUAUGAGAAAGAACAAGAAUCAACUUUUGUUUUGUGUAAUCAAAAAGAAUCACAAGUAAAAUAUCAUAAAAAAAGAUUGUUAAAUGAGCAACAGAAACAGGAUUUGUUAUUAUUGUCUUUAACUCAAGAAAUUAUACGAUUGGAAGACCGGCUCAAACAGUUAGGAGAACAAGCAGAAACCAAGUAUAAUGAAAAAGAAUUGUUAAAACAAAAAGUCAUGGACUGCUCAACUGAUCUUGAUACUAUAAAUGGAGAUAAUACAAAAAUUGCAUUGCUGUGGAAUGAAGUUUUAAUCAGUAUUCAACAGCGUGAUCGACAGUUCCAUAAAAUAAAAAAUGACUUACAGGAAGCGAAAAAUCGAUAUAAGACAAUAUUAUUAGAAGCAAACAGCUAUAAACGUAGUGCUCAAGAAGAAAUAAAAAAAAAUGAAGAUUUCACUACUAAAUUAAAUAAGUUAAAACGAGAGCAAUCCGGUUUACAGCAAAACUUAAACAAUUGUUUAAAUAAAUUAAACAAAUUAAGAGAUGAGCAUUCUGAACUAUUACAAAUCAUAAAGUUUCAAAACAUUAAUUUAAAUGACUUAUCAGCAGAACAAAGAUCAAUUAAAAAAGAGAUGGAAGUAUCAUUGCAUUCGCUAGAAAGAAUUUCAAAUCAGAAAUUAAAAUAUGAAGAUGAAAUUGUGGACGAAUUAAAAAAACAAUUAUUUGCAAACAAACAUUGUAUUCAUAUGAAUAACAAAAUUAAUGAAGUUAAAACACAAAACAAGGAACACGAGUUAAUGCUAGUUCAAUCUGAAAAUAGUCUCUCUCAAAUCUUAUUGAAAUCUGAACAAUAUCGCUCUCUUAUUACUAAUUUAGAAAAAGAAAUAGAUAAAAAUACAAAGAUUAUGAAAGAAAAAGGACAAGUAAUGAUUGAUUUGGAAUCUGAAUUAAAUAAGUUGUACUCUGAAAUUGAACGAAAAUCAAGACAAGUUGAUGUAGAAACCAAGCAUUUGGAAGCUGUAAAAAAAAAGUUUGGUGAGGGUAAUGUGAUGACUCCUCAAUUACAAGUUGUUCAAGUAAAAAAAAAAAUAGAAGAAAUUGGUAAUGAAAUUGAUGUUCUCAAAGAGUCUUGGUUAAAAAAACAAAGUCAUAAUAUGCAAUUGACUCAAGAACGAAAUGAACAAAUAGAAGAACUUAAUAAAGUUCGCAAAUACACUAUGGUGGUAGAAGCUAAAAAUGUUAAAUUAGAACAAGAAAUUACUCGUUUAUGCAAAGAAACUGAUCAAUACAAACGAAAGUUUGUUAAUAUGAGAAAUGCCAUACUAAAGUUUAAUGAGAAAUUUAGCCAAAGUAAAGGGAAAAGUAGUAAUUUAUCAAUUGAAAAUGAAUGGAUACAGAAUGCAUACAUAGCAGAAUUAAAGGAAAAUGAACAACGUUGUUUGGAAUAUACCGAUUAUUUAAAAACGAUAAAAAACGAAUUAGAUGAAAUGCGAAAUACAUAUUUAGAAAAACAAAGAGAAAAUAUAUCAUGGGAUAAUAAAAUCAAGCAAAUUAUUGAAAUGAAAAAAGAAAUUCAUCAAAAAGAAGGUGAUUCAGGAGAAAUUGAUGCUAUGAAAAAUGAAAUACAUAGGAUGCAAAUAAGAGAAAGCCAGUUGAAAAAAACAUUAGAGAAAAUAAUGUCUGAUUUAGAAGGUUGUAUAACCAGACGCGAAAUGAUUUAUAACACAGUUGCGGCAAAGGAUGUUCGGCUUAAGGGUAAAAAUGAGACAAAACAAAAACUUAUGAAGAAACUUGACGAUCUACGAAUGAGUAUACAAAAAUCUAAAAUUGAGUGUAAGAAAUUGGAUCGAGAUGUAAAGGACUUACAAAAUGGAAAAGAGGAAUUAGAAAGUAAACUAAUUUUUUUGAAUGAGGAAUUAAACCAGAUAAAAAAAGAUAUUGAUAGCCUAGUACAGGAAACAGAAUAUACCUGUGCUAUGAAAAUAAAAAACAUUGAACAGUUGAGUCAGAAGCAAAAUUAUGCAAAAUAUUUGGAUGAAAUAAAACAAGGAAAAUAUCGGUUGCUAAUUAAAAAUGAAGAAAAAAUGAAUGAAGAAAUUACAACUAAUUGGAAGAAAAAUGCAGAUAUAAUAAAUGUUGUAGAGACUUUGAAAAAUGACUUUCCCGAUUUAAAUUAUCAAAUUAUACGUUUAAUAAAUCUUCUUACAUCUAUUGAUAAUUCUUAA